CAUUGGCCGUUACCCAUUGCCUGUUCCAAAAAAAAAAAAAAUGGCGAUCAAACUUCACGAAGAACGUUAAUGGAGACACCACCUACCCAAUAUCACAAUGUAAGCAAAUUAUGAUACAUUCUCAAGUUAAAACCAAAACAUUUACAAAAUCCCUGGAAAUUUUCCUUCCAAAAUCAUACCAAUAUCUCACAGGAAGACGACGCAUCUCUCCCUCCCUAUCAUCGUGGAAACCUCAGACCUGUAUUUCCAUUCCUAGUAACACUGUUUCACACUCUUAUAUCUUUGGGAACUUGCUGUAUGUUCUUUAGAAACUCUUCAUGCUAUUGGAUUUCCCUUGUGCUUUCUUUAACCCUAAAUCUGGCCUUUCUUUACCACAAUGAAAAACAUUCAUCGAGGAAGCAUAUUAAAGAAGCCAAAUGAUAGUGCAAGAUUAAUUAUAACUUCAAUUAUGGGAGUAAUCUUUGGAUACUUGAUUGGGGUUCAUUUUCCAUAUGUUGCUCUUACCAAGAUUAACUUACCUUCAAGCAGUCGUUUGUCAAUGAUGAAUGAACAUCAAUCAAUGGCUUUUGACCAUAUUGCCCUUGAAAAUCUCGACUCGUUUAAUAAACCUGUAAAACCUCAGAUUUAUGCUCCUAAAAAUCCACGUGGUGCAGAGUCAUUACCUCCAGGAAUUGUGGUCCCACAAACAGAUUUAUAUUUAAGAAGAUUAUGGGGUUAUCCUGGUGAGGAUAUAAAGAAGAAGCCAAAAUACUUGGUAACUUUCACUGUUGGUUGGGAUCAAAGAGACAACAUUGAUGCUUCAGUAAAAAAGUUUUCAGAUGAUUUCCAAAUCUUGCUUUUUCACUAUGAUGGUCGAACAACAGAAUGGGAUCAAUUUGAGUGGUCAAAGGAUGCAAUUCAUGUCAGUGUAAAAGGACAAACCAAAUGGUGGUAUGCAAAGAGGUUUAUGCAUCCAGAUAUUGUGGCAGCUUAUGAAUAUAUUUUUAUAUGGGAUGAAGAUCUUGGUGUAGAACAUUUUAAUGGGGACAAGUAUAUGGAGUUAGUUAAAAAACAUGGUUUGGAGAUUUCUCAACCUGGGCUUGAACCCAAUGAUGGAUUAACAUGGCAAAUGACAAAAAGAAGAGGUGAUAAAGAAGUUCACAAGGAUACACAAGAGAGACCUGGAUGGUGCAUUGAUCCUCAUUUACCUCCAUGUGCAGCAUUUGUGGAGAUUAUGGCUCCGGUUUUCUCUAAGGAAGCUUGGUGGUGCGUGUGGCAUAUGAUUCAGAAUGAUUUGGUGCAUGGAUGGGGUUUGGAUUUUGCUCUUAGAAGAUGUGUAGAGCCUGCACAUGAGAAAAUUGGUGUGGUAGAUUCACAAUGGAUCGUUCAUCAAGUCAUUCCUACACUUGGAAUUCAGGGUCAAAUUGUGAAUGGGAAAUACGGAUGGCAAAGGGUAAGAAAUAGGUGCAAAAGAGAGUGGAUCCAAUUCCAUAAUCGGCUUGUGAAGGCAGAUAGAGCUCAUCUUAAGAUGACAAGAGAAAGAUAGAUAAACAUUUACAAAAAAAAAAAAAGAUAAUUAAAUCUAUUUUGUAAUUAAUAUAGAUAUAGGCGGCAUUAUGCGAUGUAGUAUUAGGUGAGGAUAGAUGUGCAUAUAUAUAGUUAGGGAGCUGAUUUGUACAUAACAAUUUUUCACCAUACACAACAAUUGAUGCUUUAAAAUGUUGUAUUGUACAACUCUAUUAUGCAUAAAUUGUUGUGUAUGGCAAAAAAUUGUUGUGUACGACUCACUUCCCAUAUAGUUAUGAAAUGUAUUAUUCCAUCCUGCGGGUCCGUCAAAAAGCGUGCUUCCCUCCUUAGAUUGUUGGUGAUUAUAGUGUCAUUAGGACAUUUUAUGUAAUUGAAACUUACAUGUGAGCUAAGGGAC